AUGACUGCUUCCGCCUCCUCUAAACUGUGGCAGCCUCUCCAGGUUGGCCGCACCAAAAUCUCCCAGCGCAUUGCCCUUGCGCCGUUGACCCGCUUCCGCAACGACGACGACCACGUCGCUACCGACAUCAUGACCCAGUACUACGCCGAGCGCGCCUCCGUCCCCGGCACGUUGCUCGUCACCGAGGCCACCGGCAUCUCCCCCGCCUCCGAGGGCCAGGCCAACCUGCCCGGCGUGCACAGCGCUGCCCAGUCCAAGGCCUGGAAGAAGGUCUACGACGUCGUCCACGCCAAGGGCAGCUUCGUCUACCAGCAAAUCUGGCACCAGGGCCGGGCCGUCGACGCCAAAUACGUGGGCAGCCGCGGCUUCAAGUACAGCUCCAGCUCCAACAAGAUCAUGCCCGGCCGCGACGUCGCCCCCGAGCCGCUGACCGAGGAGGAGAUCCUGGCCAUCAUUGACGACUUCCGCAAGGCCGCCCGCAACGUCGUCGACGCCGGCGGCGACGGCGUCGAGAUCCACGGCGCCCACGGCUACCUGAUUGACCAGUUCACCCGCGACAGCGUCAACGACCGCACCGACAAGUGGGGUGGCUCUGUUGAGAACCGCGCCCGCUUCCUGCUCGAGAUUGUCAAGGCUGUCAGCGAAGAGAUUGGCGCCGACCGCACCGCCCUGCGUCUCAGCCCAUUUGCCAGCUUCCAGGACGCCGUCUCCUCCAACACCUGGGAGCAGACCGACUACAUCCUGGACCAGAUCAAGGCCCGCGGCCACAAGCUCGCGUACCUGUCGCUCGUCGAGCCUCGCGGCGACCCCGUCCUCCUCUUCAUCGGACCUCACAAGGUCGACCCCUUUGCCAAUGGUGAAAAGUCUCUCAAGUACUUCCUCCGCAAGUGGGACAACUUCAGCCCCGUCAUCGUCACUGGCGCCUAUGACCUCGAGGGCGCGGCUCCCGCCGUCGACCAGGAAUACGCCGAAUGGGAUGUCAUUGUUGGGUAUGGCCGUCCGUUCAUCUCCAACCCCGAUCUGGUGUUCCGCAUCAAGAACCAAAUUCCCUUUACCGAGUACAACAGAAAGACAUUCUACCUCCCCAAGGCGACGACGGGCUACAUUGACUACCCUUUCAGUGAGCAGGCUGUCAAGGCUGGCCUUGCUCCUCUACGAACCGAGAUUAAGCUUUGA